ACGAAAAUUGAAUUCACUCUUUACCGCAACUUCUCCGCUCUCUUUUUCCUCUCCACUUCCUCUCGCUCUCUUUCUCUUUCUCUUCUCUCCCUCGCUUGCUCGUUCGAUCUUACUGUCAAUGUGAUUUACUCUGGGCUCUUAAUCCAGGGCAAAUCGACCAAAAACCCUAGAUUUGACGCCAUCGUUCUAGAGGUUUUAUUGGGUGCACCGGAUGCUGCUUUUGCGAAAUUUUUAUUCACCAAGGCUUGGAGCAAUUAUAGGUGAUGAGUUGAUUGGUAAAGGAGAUAGUCUGGUAUAGCAUCUUGGAGAACUAUAUGGCAAAGGUUGCUACACCUGGUUCGUUAACUUCCAAUUCUCUUCAAAUUGGUGGGACUGCUCUUCAGGUUGGUCCAAUGGUUAAAAGGAAGACCCCGUCAGAACUGAGAGGAGAGCAAUUGAAGAGGACAAAUGUUGAAAUUGUAGAUGAGUCUCCUGCUCCAUUGUCUGGUUCAAUGAACAACACUAGCAAUAAUGGACUUAAGAAACCAGAUUUAUCAAGGAAUCCAAGAUAUAUUGACACCCGUAUGGAUGAAGUAUAUCCUGUCAAAAAGUCCAGGCUCAGGAUGCUUUCUGUAACGGAAAAUGCAAAGGAAAACAUAUCAACCGAGCAAACUAAAAGCCUGAAGAAUAUUUCCAUGCUCUCAAAUUUGAAAGCCAAAAGAUUACUCUCAUGUCCAGAAAAUUCUGCUGCAUGCUCUAUAGUUUCCAAAGAAGGUAAGGUGCAAGCUAAUCAAACAAUAGAAAGAUGCACCCAAAGCAUAUUUCGAAGUGUUACUGAACUUUCAUCAAAUGGUGAAAAUUCAUCUGGCAUGGCUCAUGUCGAUAUGGAUAAAGCAUUAAAAGGACUAGUUGCCCAUGAACCUCCUACCAGUUCUGUUUUAAAUGCUGCUGCUUCUGAAAAGUUGGGCAAUCAUUAUUCAAUUCAUUCAGGCAAUUUCAUCUCUGAAUGCUUCAUUACAGGCCAAAAGGCUCCUCUUGAUUUUACUUUGAAAACAAAAAUGCGGUUGGUGUCCUCUUGCUCUGUCAAUUGGAUUCAUAGGUCAAUUAUGUGUAGUGUCUACAAUGGAAUGCCACAGUUAAAAUCCCAGUUUGAUUGUUCCAAAGAUGGUAGUAGCUCAGGGCAAGAAUUUCUUUCCCAAAUUCUUAGUUCCAAAGCAUUACAUUCGUGGAUUUAUCCUCAGUCUACAUUGCCACCUUCUGUCAUAUCAGUGUUAAGUUCACAAGCACUAGAUGGAGACUUUUUAAGAAAACGGCAAAUGGGAUGGGAGGAUUCAUUUCGGAGCCUCUAUUACAUGCUUCGAAAGGACAUUUGCAAUAUCUUUUAUGUGUGCACAUCACAUUUUAUUGUGAUGUUUAUCAGUGGUAGUGGCUUGGGAAGGACCAAAAAGUUAUGCAAUGCUUACAUCUCCCAGUCAACAAGGGGUUUGAGAUCGUUGUUGAGAGAGCAUGGUGUUUGCUUCUCUAUGCCACUUUGCCAUUCUAAGGUAGAGCAAGCGACCACUGAAGAUCUAGUUGAGCUCUCAGAAAUUGAGAAGCAAAAUUUGGGCCAGACUCGACGUCCGACCUCCUUGUCUGAUGUUGAUAAUAGCCCACAAUCUCUGCUGGCUUUCUGUGGAAAUAAAAAUGUACAUGCAUUGUAUGAUUUUUUGUUAAAUUACAGAUAUUCCUUGACCUUUUUGUCUGGUAUGGAUGUUCCUGUAUUGUAUUCACCUGUUCCAUUUCAGAAUGCUGCUCUUUCUGCUCCAGAGAUAAGAUGUGUGGAGAUGAAAAGAGUUGAUCAGACUGCUGCUUCCCCCAAAGAAUCUAAAGCUAAAGAUGGUGAAUCCUUACAAGGUUCAUCUUCUGGUCUGUGCUCUAGCAUUGAAGUCACUGAUGCAUACAUUCCAUCAUGGAUUGUUUGUCGUGUAUGUGCAUUAAUAGGCUCUGAAGGGAAGAGCUUUGAGGCAAGCUUUAUAACAGAGCGUACCUCAGUUGGCUUGAAUGUUGCUCUGGAGACUGUGCAUGAGAAAUCUGAUUCUAAUGCCAUAGCAAGCGAAGGCUUGCAAGAUGGCAGUCACUGUGUUGGCAUUCCAGAGGCUACAGUUUCUCCUAGCUUGGGUUCAGGAUUCUUAAAAGGCUUGAAGUACAGCGAUGGUUCUUAUACUGCUUCCCUCUCUCCUGUAUAAAAUAUUGCCAUUGUGACAUGCGACAUUGAGAUUUUGGAAUGGUUCGUACACAGCUUGAAGGGUCUCAAAUUUUCCUUUAAUGGUCUAUAGCGGACAGCAACAUUGAGAUAUUCCAAGGGUUUUUGCAAAGCUUUCCUCUCCUUUGCGGCUUUACUUUCAUGGUUGCUAGUGGAGAUACAACAUUGAAAUAUUUCACUGGAUGUUGCUAAUUAAAUUGAUCAUUUACCCAUUUAUUCUAAUCCUGUAUGAUUAAUAGUUACUGACUGAUGCUCUGUAGCUCAGGAAAAUUGAGAAAGCUGAAUUGUACUUUUCUGGAAAUAUGUUAUUACUGGUUAAUUGUGCUUGUAUGA